UUCCCCCUCCGUCUCACAAUCUACAGCCAUGGCCAAGUUCGUCCAGGAUUCCACAGACGAUGUCUGCAUUGCGACUAUCCGUGCCCUCGCCGCGGACGUCGUCGGCAAGGCGAACUCUGGUCACCCGGGUGCUCCCAUGGGUAUGGCACCGGUCGCCCAUAUCCUCUUCUCUCGCUUCUUCAAUGCCAACCCCAAGAGCUCGAAGUGGUUCAACCGCGAUCGAUUCGUGCUCUCCAACGGCCAUGCCUGUGCUCUGCAGUACAUCCUACUCCAUCUGCUCGGCUACAAGCUCUCCAUGGAUGACCUGAAGCAGUUCCGUCAAAUCGACUCGCUGACUCCUGGUCACCCCGAGACUGGUCACACGGACGGUAUUGAAGUCACCACUGGGCCUCUCGGUCAGGGAUUCGCGAACGGUGUCGGUCUGGGUAUUGCACAGGCGCACCUAGCUGCGACGUUCAACAAGGACGGAUUCGACCUCGUUGACAACUACACUUAUGUCUUCACCGGUGACGGUUGCUUGAUGGAGGGUGUCGCUAGCGAGGCAGCCAGUCUUGCAGGGCACUUGCAGCUCGGCAACCUGAUCUACUUCUACGACGACAAUCACAUUUCUAUUGACGGUGACACCGCCGUCGCGUUCACGGAGAACGUUGAGCAGCGGUUCCUCUCGUACGGCUGGCAGGUUCUGCACGUCAACGACGGUGACCGCGAUCUGGAGGGUAUUUACAAUGCCGUCAUUGAAGCACAGAAGGAAAAGAAGAAGCCUACCAUCAUCCGCCUGCGAACGACCAUCGGUUAUGGUUCGAAACAGCAGGGCACGCACGGCGUUCACGGUGCUCCGCUCAAGGCCGAUGAUAUUCAAGCUUUGAAGACCAAGUUUGGUCUCCCUGCUGACAAGACCUUCUACGUCCCGGAUGACACAUACAAGGUCUAUGCUGCCAGUGCUGCACGCGGCGCAGCCCUCCAGAAGAAGUGGGAUGCCCUGCUGGCUUCCUACGGCCAGAAGUACCCGAAGGAACACGCCGAGCUCACGCGCCGCAUUGCUGGCAAGCUUCCUGAGGGCUGGGAGAAGUCGCUGCCCGUCUACAAGCCCGCAGAUGCUGCCCAGGCGUCGCGUAAGCUGUCUGAGAUCGUGCUGACCGCAAUUACCCCCAUAUUGCCUGAGCUCAUGGGUGGUUCCGCCGAUCUGACGGGCAGUAACCUGACGAGGACGAAGGCUAUGAUCGACUUCCAGCCCGAGAGCACUGGCCUCGGCAGCUACAAGGGCACGUACCUCCGUUUCGGUGUACGCGAGCACGGCAUGGGUGCCAUUGCAAAUGGCAUGCACGCAUACGGCGGUAUUAUUCCGUUCGUCGCGACCUUCAUGAACUUUGUCUCGUACGCGGCAGGUGCUGUUCGGCUGUCGGCCCUCAGCGGGCACCAGGUCAUCUGGGUUGCUACACACGACUCGAUCGGUCUGGGCGAGGACGGCCCCACGCACCAGCCCAUCGAGACUGCGGCGCACUUCCGUGCGAUGCCCAACAUCGACUUCUGGCGUCCGGCCGACGGCAACGAGACGUCGGCGGCGUACUACAUCGCCCUGACGCGCAAGCACACGCCGUCGAUCCUCUCGCUCUCGCGGCAGAACCUCCCGAACCUCGAGGAGUCCACGAUCGAGAAGGCCUCGAAGGGUGGCUACGUCGUGCUCGAGGAGCAGGGCGAGGACCUCACGAUCGUCAGCUCGGGUAGCGAGGUCAGCAUCGUGCUGGAAGCGGCCGUACAGCUCCGGUCGGAGGGUGUUAAAGUCCGGGUGGUCAGCCUGCCGUGCUGGUCCAUCUUCGACCUCCAGCCUAAGGAGUACCGCCUGAGUGUCCUUCGGAGCGGUGCCCCGAUCCUUGCGGUGGAGGCCCUCUCGCCCUUCGGAUGGCAGAAGUACAGCCACGAGCAAUUCGGUCUGUUUGGCUGGGGUGCGUCUGGUCCCUACAAGAAGGUCUACGAAAAGUUCGGCCUUACUGGCAGCAACAUCGCAUCGAUCAGCAACAAGGUCAUCACCUUUUAUAAGCAGAAGGGCGGCGAAGUUGUGUCUCCUCUGGUCAAGGCCCUCUGAAGAGCCAGCAAAGACAGCUUGUCUAAGGGUAAAUGAGGUCACUCGGGGCAUGUAGAAGCAAUGUAUUUCUGUACUCUCGGCAUAAUCCAAGCUUAGAUGGUAUUGGCGUACAUCCCU